AUGACAUCUAUCCGCUCGGGGCCGGCCGAUCCUGAUCCGCGAAGCUGUGAACGUGUUUAUUUUAAGGUUGCUUCCAGUGUGGUCACUAGUAUUCAAGUGCAUUCGUGGUUAGUCCUGCAUGAUGGCGGUCCUUGGAAUACCGCGGAGGGGAGAGUGAGGAGGACUAGCCGCGAUAAUACUGGUUUAGUCCGACUUUCGCAAGAACAGCAAAACCCUAAGAACACGAAACGAAUUAUUCCCCCGGAUCGGAGCAAAAUAUGGUAUAUAAAAGUAUCUGACGCCCGCUGCGUUUCCGCUAUCCGACACAGCGUAAUGGUUAUUAUCCUUCACAAAGAAAUGCAAUCUACAAACGGUUUUCCCGCUCUCCGUUCUCACACGCAAAUCUUGACUGUUCAAGGAGCAUCGUCAUACGCUUCUCAAUCGACUAUAUUCUCCUCUGCGCACGGUCGCUUGUAA